AUGACACCACAGAAUAUAGACCGAGUUAAAGCUGAUGAGCAGCCGAGCGUUAUCGAUAUUAUAUCGAAUUACUUAUAUCAACGUAUACUGCCGCUUAAUGUUGGUAUGAGUUUCGUGGAUCAAAUUCAAUCUCGUUAUUUUGAUGAAAACUAUGCUCAUAUUCUAACAAGUCAAUGUGUUCGUCAAAUGAAACAGUGCGCCGAAUUAUGUAUUAAAUCUCUAAAUAUAAAAGAUAAUUGCGUCAUGGCUGUGCUAAUUGAUCGAUUAACUCAUUUGCGUUGUAUUAACUGUAAAAACAAUAUAUUUAAAGUUGAUGAGAUAUCAAAUAUACUAUCAUGCGGUUGUGCUAUUCAUUCGUAUUGUUCAACACAUCAGCAUGACUCCCGUAAAUGUCAUAUAAGAGAGUCCAUGCCUAUGUUAUGGCUAAAAGCUGUUGCAGUGAAUGUUAUGAAUAAUAUUUUUAUCAAUCAGCAAUCAGUUGUUUCUAUCUCAUCAAUUAAGCAAAUGAUUGAAGAAAGUGGUCUAGGCUAUAUGUCUGUUGAAGACAAUAAACCUAUGAUUUAUCUUACAGAACAAAACACAAUUAAUUAUAAAAUAUUUGAAAAGCUGUUCGAGAAGCCGUUUUUGAUGAAAAAACGACGAGAAAUGAUUGAAAUAGAUUAUACAUUCGAUUUUGAUGAUAAAAAACCAGCCGCUGCUAUUAACUUCAACAGAGCCAGCUCUACUGAGGCUAAACUGUAUGCUUCUCAAGCCUAUACGCGUGCACGUGAAAAAAUUCUUCAUUUCUGCUUUCGUGAAAUGCAUAUGCGAGAGAAGGGAGGAUUCUACUUCUCUACAUCAGAGUUUGAUAAAAAAGAUAUUCUCAAGAAGUGGAUACUUGAACAAUGUGAUCACGAUGACUUAUAUAAUUUGCAUAAACUUUAUAAACAACUAUCAGAUUUGUAUGAAAGCUUUGUGCUUAAUGGAAAAUGCUACUUCUCUUCAGACAUUUCUGAAUAUGAUUUACAGACCUUGAAUGCUUACAUAGAAAGCAAUAUUACAACAACGCAAUCAGUUAUUGAAGCUUUAAAUAGUUGGAUAAUACAUCACUGGCAGAAGAAGUAUUCGGUGCUUUCACAAUCUCUCUAUCAAAAUAAUGAUUUCCAUAGUGAAAUAGAAACUUAA